AUGUUGGAAGAAAUAAUAAAGGAAGCAGAUGAAUACAAAGUCCAGCUUUACAGGAGGCGGCAGAUAGCUUGUGAAACCAACAAAGCCACCGACAGGGAACAGUUAUUUGAAGCGAACCAGGACAUGUUCCAUGCUGAAGCUGAGAAGAAUUACUGGAGGGCAAUUAUGGAGCUGAGCUCCAAUGAAGUGCCGGCCACUGAGAAAAGAAGGAGAAACGACAACGAGAAGAAGCCUUCUGUCAUCGUUAUUCAGGGGCCCAAGCCCGGGAAGCCAACAGACAUCUCAAGGGACAUAAUCCACCUCCUCACCACCACCUCAACCAGUCCGACAAGAAGCUAA